UCGACUUCCUAAGAUAACAACAUUCACUACUUCGGUUCGUGUACAGAGCUUUGUUGUGGAGUGUUCUGUUAUUCUAAUGCCUUUAUCUGAUUAAAGGAUUUGGAUUAGGAGAAACCAACGAAGCACAUAUUUAUAAACAAAAUGAUAUGAUUGGAGGUGGUUGAUCCAUAUAUACUGUUGAGAAGGACGUUCCUGGAAGAUUCACAUCAGCGCGCAUUAUACGGCAAAUUGCUUGAUAAAAUACUUGAUUUCAAUGUCCUUCACUGGGCACAGUUAAAACCCCUGGAAGGUCAUAUUGUCCUAUCAAAGGGUCACCUUCUUCCCUAAGGCUAUGGAAGAAGCAAGAGGAUUCAUAGGCCUUAUCUUUUGGCUACUUAUUACAGGGGCAUGUUCUUCCUCCUUCCAAUUCUUGAACAACUGCACCUACCCAGUGUGGGUCGGCACCCUUUCCGGCGCCGGCAGCCCUUCACUGGCCCAAACAGGAUUCGAGCUUCAGCCGGGCCAGUCCACAUCCCUUGCCGCUCCCCCCGCAUGGUCGGGCCGCUUCUGGGCCCGGACCAACUGCUCCACCAAUCCCGUCACCGGCAAAUACUCCUGCACCACCGCCGACUGCUCCACCGGAAAGGUCUCAUGUGAUGGCUCGGGCGCCACUCCCCCCGCCACCCUCAUCGAAAUCACUCUAGGCACCAAUGGCGGCAAAGACUUCUACGACAUUAGCCUCGUCGAUGGCUUCAACGUGCCGGCGUCGAUGGCUCCGAUGGGAGGAAAAGGAGAUUGCAAAGUCACGAGCUGCCCGACCGACGUGAAUGAGGUUUGUCCGGAGGAAUUGAGGGUGGCUGAGGGAGAUGGCACUGGGGUGGUGGCUUGUAAGAGCGCUUGUGAGGCGUUUGGAGAUCCAAGGUAUUGCUGUACUGGGACGUAUGGGGGUCCUAACACAUGCAAGCCCACCAACUACUCCAAGGUGUUCAAGGGUGCAUGUCCUUUGGCUUAUAGUUAUGCCUAUGAUGAUGCCACUAGCACUUUCACCUGUGCUGGUGCUAGCUAUGUCGUUACGUUUUGUCCUUGAUUAACAUUUGCCAUAUCAAGUAUGGUUGCCGAA